AUGUUCAAGGCUCUGAUGGGCAGUCGGUCAUCGUCGUCCACCGACGUGCGCUCCAAGAGCCGGCGCAAGACCGACAACUCCGAUGCCAAAUCGACCUCAAGUCGCAAAUCCUCACGGGGUGACGACCGUGACCGCGGCUUGGGUGAUUUGUCCUCGUACUCACCAUCGGGCUCCCGCAGUAAGCGUGGGCCGUCUAGCAUCGCUGGCGACUCGAUCGCCUCCAGCUAUGUGACCGCAGAACCAGAACCCAUUGAUGAUUCCGACCGCUACAUCAUUGAGCGCACCCCCAAACGCAGAGACAGUGACCGGGAUAGCAAGAGUUCUCGCCGCCGCGACCGCGACCGAUCCGUGAGUCCAGAUCGGGAGAGGAGAAGAAGCCGACGGACGACGGAAGAUACUCUGGAUGAUGACUUGGAUCGGGAGCGGGAGCGCGACCGCCGUGAGCGUCGUCGCACUCAGUCUGGGGACCCUUAUAUGCCUCCUGUGUCUACGAGCAUGCCGCCGCCGCCUAGCGCCCCCGCUGUACAGUUUGCCACCGACAUCGCGGCACCGGGCUUCUCGCAGUUCCCUAUGCAAUAUGACACUGGCAUGCCGCCUGCUGGCCAUUCACCGGAGCAUGAGGUGCCUUAUGAUCCUCAUGUCCAGCAACAAUUCCCCGGUCAAUUCCCGGAAGGUGUUGCGCAGCCAUACCUGCCGAUGAACCCUGCCGGUGCUGCGGCUGACUACUACGGCGACCAAGGUCAGUCUGUAGAGAUGCAGCCCGGUGUCCGCCCAGCGCCUCCAUCUGUGCUGCCCAACACUCAAGCACACCUGAUGGCUGCAUCUCCCACCGCCAACCCUCCCCCAGAGCCCAGUAGCAUGGGUCAGACUGGUGCGGCGGCAGCUUAUUUCGAUGAUGAUUUCCAUGUUCCUGCGCAACCCGCCAAGCCUCCGACAGCGUCUUCAUCUAGACCCCCCAAACCUUCGAAGCCUAGCAAACCUUCUUCAUCGAGCGUGCUUCCUGCUGCCGCUGUUGGAGCUGCUACCUAUGGAAUUUCUGGCAUGAUGUCUCACUCUCACAACGAGAACUCUUCGUCUGAGGUGCAUAAUUCUAGCUCUUACAACCAGCCAACGACCCAGCCGAUGGCAAACAGCAGUCAAAAGCCUACACACAAGCCCCCUCAUUCGCACAGCUUCAGCGAAGGUGUCGGCCUUGCAGCUGCUGGUGGUGCGGCUGGAUACAUGAUGGGUCAUCAUCAUCACUCCUCGAGCCCGGAACACGCGUCACAAUACGACUUCCAGAAUUACGAGGGCUCGUCCCAAGCUGGUAUCCCGCCGUAUGCCCCCGGGUAUCCCAGCCACCCCCACAACCACCCUCACAAUCCCAACCACCACAACGCCCUGUAUGCUGCAGGCGCAGUGGGCUACGCUUCUAAUGCCACUCAUAAUCCCGGAUUUUAUCCCCAUGGCCCUGGUGCUCUCGCUCUCCAAGAGCGCGAGCGUGGCCCUCUUGGACGGUUCGUUGAUUUCUGGCGCGACCCCGAGGCCGUUGGAAGGUUCGAGGACUACACAGAAACCAUUGGCGUUUGCAAAUACUGCUUCCAGCCUGGAACAACCUCCCUGGAUGCCCCUCGCAAGCAUCACUACGGCAGACGCCGCCGGCACUCAGCUGAUCGGUACAGUAGUGCCAGCUCAUCCAGAGUAAGCAAGGUCAGCCGUUACCAAUCAUCUGAAGAUGAGAGCCGUCGGCGCAAGAAGUCCAAGAAAUCAUCGUCAUGGUUGCCCGGCAUGCUGGCUGGCUAUGCGACCAAGUCAAUCUUCACGAACAAGGAAUUUGAUGAUUCGUACAGCAUCCGCUCCGGCCGAGUAGCUUCCUCUCAUGACGAAGAUGACCGCAGGAGCUACACUUCUCGUGGUGUGGUGCGCCGUUCUGGUCGUAGCCCUCAGAGAGAUUACAACUCGGACGGUCAACGCCCUUCAGGGCACUCCCGACGAACACGCUCCCGAUCCCGCUCUUCAUCUCGUUCUGAACGCCAUUCAUUCUUGAAGGAGGCCGCCCUGGGUGCUGCAGUAGGUGGAGCUGCGUUGGCUGUUACCAAGUCGCGUAACCGCUCCCGCAGCCCGUCUUCUGGAAGAAAUCGACACCGCAAGGAUUCAUCCUCUUCGUCGUCCUUUGUCAAUCUCUCUCGUCCCUCAAAAAAGUCUGUCGCUGGUGGCAUCGGAUCCUUCUUCACCUCUUCAUCCGAGAACCGGAAGAAGCGCCAGAGCAAGAAGCGCAGUGGUUUCUUCUCAUUCAAAGGUGGCUCGUCAUCUUCUUCGCUUGACAACGAUCUUGCUUUCGGAGAUGGGUUCUCAAAGAAGUCUUCAAAGCUCAAGAAGAAGGACAAGAAGGGUAAAGAUGUUGAUGCCGCUUUGGUAGGUCUUGGUGCUACUGCAAACCGCCUGGCUGGCUCAUCGCCCAAUGGCCCUGGCCGCAGUGCUGGCCAGAUGUACACCAAGUCCCGUCACCCCAACUACGCUUCAUCUGCCAACGACGAUGAGUGGAUUGAUGAAUCUGACCAGUCUGCUUCAAGUGUCAGCUCCGCCUUGGCAUUUGGAGCAAGCAGCGUUGAUUCCUCAUCCGACUCCAGCGGCCGUUGGGGCUGGCGAUGGGGCAGCAAGAAAAACAAAAAGAAGAAGGACAAGAAGUCCAGUGGUGCUAACACUGCUCUUGCUGUUGGUGCCGGUGCUCUCGGAGCAGCUGCCAUUGCGUCUGCUCGUCACCGCGACAGCGAGCCACCAAGCAGCUCCGGCAGCCUCCAGCAAGUCUACCCAAUGCCAACUUCUGACCCAUCCCGAUUCGAUGUUGCCAAAAUGUCUCCUUCUGUGUCUGGUGGCCACCCGGCUCUUAUCCGCCCUGGGCCUAUUCCUCUCCAACAGCCGCAGCCCGUCACUCCUGUCUCUCAAGCCGUGUACACUACCCAGGGAGGCUCGCCAGGAUCAAUCCCUGCCUACAGUGCACCGGCAGUUCCUCCUGCGUUUGCAGCCAAUGAAUUCGGACCACAUGACACUCAGUUCCACGACUCUCGGGAUCUUGUAUUUGCUCCCGAAGUUCCACAAUCCGAUGUCCGCAGACCCCAUCGGCGCAGCGAGUCUUUCCCUGUUUUCCCAACACAGGAAACUGCUUCUAACCUGAAGCGCCGGUCCACCGCAAAGGACCAGGCUUCCGUUCAAUUCAACUUGACGGAGGAGCAAGCAGAAAGGGAACGCCGCCUUGAUCGCCGUGACCAGACCUCCCGAGAUGAUCUGUUCGCCCCGAAGCCUCUUCAAUUGCUUGAUCGAGAAGACGAAGAUCGCCAAGAGGCCGAACGUCUUGAUCGUCGCCGUCGGGAGCGAGAGGAAGAAGAUCGCCUAGAGAUGGAGCGUCUUGAACGUCGUCGCAAAGAGCGCGAAGCUGAGAAGCGCGCUAGUGAGAAGCGCCGAGAGACGAGUGAAAGAGAGAAGGACUCCUCAUCUUGGGUUGGAGUAGCCGCUGCCGGAGCCUUUGGCGCUGCUGCUGCUAGCACCGUUCUUUCUCGCAAGACAGAUGACGAUGAGGCCUCCGAAGCCAGCCUGCGACGCAAUGAACUCCGGGAGAAACGCCGUGCAGAGCGUCGCCGUGAGGGUGACAUUGAUGCCGAGUUAUCGCUUGUGUCAAGGUUCGAGCCUCCCUUGGCCAUUGAAGAAGCGCCAGCGGCGGAGCACCACGAAGAGAAGAAGCCGCGCUCUCCUCGCCAACCACAAGUUUACGACGAUUACGCACAGUUCUACGCCCCCGAAGAAUUACGACACAGCCCUAAUGACCACAAGCGCAGCGGAUCCGGCGGUAUGCCCACGAUCGUGGAGAUUGAGCCCGCUAGUGAGCGCCAUGCCCGCGACGAACCUAAACGUGAAGAGCCGGACUAUUCGUUCGAGCCUUACGAGCAUGUCGACCGUCUCCCAUGGCCAGUUCCCCGUCUCAACUUCAUUGAGCCGACUCCUCCCCAGAGCACAAACGGGGGAUCUGUUCGCGAUGCCAACUCCCCCAUUGCAGCGCCUGCAGAUACAUCAUCCUAUGAUACCAAGCCUCGCGAACGAUCAAACACUGGCUCCCGCGUCUCCUGGGGUGACGACAAAACCCAUGAAUACGAGAUCCCAUCUUCCUCCGAACAGGAUCCUCUGGAGCAUGACAUCUCUCCCUACGAAGAGGUGUCUCCCAAGGAUGUGCCGCUGCCUGUGUCUGAUGUCAGCUCUACCCGGAAUAUUGCCAGCAAGCCUGACUACGGAAACGACAUUGAAUUCGCCGCCACCAUUGCUGCCGCAACUGCCGCUGCUGGCUUUGAUCCCGCUAUGAUUACCGAUGACCCAUCCUACCACACUCGCACUUCUCCUCCUGGAUCCGAGGACGAAGGACGUUUCAAAUCGCCCUGGGCUGCAUCGGCCCGCAAGCCCCACGGUUUCGUCGAAGGCGAAAUUGAAGAUGUCGGACCAAAGACAAUCAAGGAUGCGCCAGCUUCCAACCAUAUCACCGACAAGGAUGAGCUCUUUUUCGACGAGCCCGAGCCUUUCUCAAAGGAUACAAAGGAUAGAGAUAUCUCGGGACGCCAUGACAAGUCUUCGAUUGCCCAGGAAGUUCUCGAGCAGUUGAACGGCAAGCGUGACAAGCACGAUCAACCUACUUCUCCUGAACGCGAGCGUAAUGUUGAUAUCGAUACCUUUUCCAUGCCCGGUGGCUUUGAUGCUGGUGAUUUGAGAGAUCCCGUUGAUUACCACGACGCAAGAUCUGCUGUCUCUGCUCCUGGCCCUGUUACUCAAGAUCCUGAGUCGCCCACUCAAUCCAAGAAGUCCAAGUCCAAGAAACAGAAGAAGUCUAGGAAGAGUGCUGAUAACGUUGAGAUUGAGACGAAGGAACGUGGGCCAGAACCACAGCCAGAGCGUCAACCUGAGCCUGUGUCAGAGCCUGUACCAGAGACUGUGCGUGAGCCCGAACCCGAGACCAUCGAGUACCAGGAUGAAAACCGCUCUAUUGUCUCUGCUCCUGCAACCAAAGACGAGACAUCAAAGUCUAGAAGAUCCAGGCGAAGUGGUGAUGAAUUCGAUAUCGCCCCUUUGCAAGAUGUUACCGAAUCUCGCGAUGACACCCGCUCUACCUUCUCUGUUCCAGCCACCAAGGACGAGACAUCUAAAUCCAAAAACUCUCGUCGCAGCGGUGAUGAUUUCGACAUAUACAAAUCACGAGAGGUGCCUGAGUCCCGCGAGCUUUCUCCCCCUACUAAUGCUCCCGCACCCAAGGAGCAUGAGUCUCCCCGAUCCAAGCCAUUAAGACGAAGCAGCGAAAACUUUGAAAUUGUCCCAUUCCGAGACGUUUCCGAGUCUCGUGAUGAUCGAUCUGUCUUCUCUACUCCCGCUACUAAGGAUGAGACCAGCAAGUCUAGGCGAUCUAGACGCAGUGGUGAUGAAUUUGAUAUUGCUGUCUCGCGUGAUGUUUCUGAGUCUCGGGAUGACACUCGCUCUGUGUUCUCAGUCCCAGCUACCAAGGAUGAGACCAGCAAGCCAAGACGGUCUCGACGCAGCGGCGAUGACUUUGAUAUCUCCCGCUCUCGUGAGCCCUCCGAGUCUCGUUCUGUGACUUCGGAGUCUAGACAUAGAAGAUCGCGCCGAAGUGGUGAUGAUUACGUCUCCCGCUCUCGCGACGUGUCUGAAUCCCGCUCCGUUGCUUCCGAGUCUUCUAGACACAGAAAGUCUCGCAGAAGUGGUGAUGACUUUGAGUCUCGCCGUGAUACUGAAACUCCUCCCCUUGAAGACGGAGAGGAAGGCGAAGAGAAGAAGAGACGCCGAAAGCGCCGCUCCAGACAUGGCAGCGACACCUUCUCCAUUGAUGACGAUGCUCGCUCCGCUAUCACAGAUCUUGCGGAUGACAAGUCUGAGCGUCGCAAGCACCGUCACCGCUCAUCUCGCGACUUCGAUGAUACUGCCUCUGUGACGUCUUCUCCUGCCAGGAUUAGUGAGUCCCGCGAGAGACGUAAGGGCAAGGAAGAAGAAAAAGAGAAGAAGCCGGGUGGCUUCCUCAGAAGCAUCUUUGGCUCACAGGUCUCAGCUCCCGCCGAGCGUACCCGUUCUUCCUCAGUGGACAAGCGUUCCUCCCGCGAAGCCCUGUCUGAAGUUGUUGUCGAUGAUGAACGCCGUCGCCGCAAGAAGCGUUCCUCUAAGCAUCGCAGCUCCAGCAAUGGAGAUGAACUAGAAGAUGCGUCUGAUAAGGAGAAGGAUGCCGAGGAGGGCACGAAUCUGGAGGAUUACAGGUCCAGUAGACAGCGCAAGGAGGAGCGACGUCGGCAUCGGUACGAGGAAAUUGUGGAUUCAGGACGGAAACGGGAUUCUGAGAAGGACCUUAAUGACGACUACGACAAUCAGUCUUUUUUAAACGAGCGCCCCGAAACGCCAGCCGCGGCUGAGCGCGAUGAUCACGAUCAUGAACGUGGUGCUUCGGGGCUCCCAUCGGCUGCAGGAACCGCCCUCGGCGCAGCCGCGGGCCUAGGCCUAGGCGAGAUGCUCCAGCAAAGACCCCGAAGCCGCUCAACGUCACCCCCGAGCACGGAGAAAGCCCUGGACCUCACGCCCAAGUCUCAGAGCAGACCAGCUUCGCCUGAAACAAGCCGAUCGCCCAAUGCCCGCCGCGGCUCAGUGGCCAAAUCAGUCACUGAAUCUCCCACAGCCGUGCCACUCCACUUCCGCCGACCCCCAACUUCACCAGGCCUUUCCCGCGCUGUCCCUGUCGAUGCACCGAACCUCGAAUCCCCCGGAUCCCCAAGCCAACAGCGCCACCGCCGUCCGGGCUCAGUCGAGUUCCGCAAUUCCCGCGAGAUCAGACCACUAUGGCUAGUCGAGCGCCACAGCUCUGUAAAGGGCGAGUCUGAGCCUCAAGAAGGACUGCCAUCACUCCCAUCGAGCAAGACCUCUUCUCGCGUCCCAUCCAUUGAAGACCUAAAAGCCCUCAAUGAUGAUGAUGGCGUCCGGAGCUGGGAGCAGGUUGACCUAAGCCACUCUAUCAUGGAGAACCGCCGACCAACGGGCCUGACAAUUGAAACCGAUCAGGCGAACGAACACCACGAUCGAGAUCGUGAGAUCGAUCUCCUUGAUUCACAGCAGGCUACCCCUACCGCCGAACACUUUGACACCACCAGUCCCUCUGCUAAGCGCGAGAAGCUUAAGUAUGAGUUCCAUUCUCCUUCCGAGUUGUUGCGGAAUCCGGAUGGGUUUGAGCAGUUGCCUGGUGGACCUGCGCUGGAGGCUCUUCCUCCUGCCGCGCCCGAGACUCCUCAGUCUGAGUAUGAGACUCCCGCUGAAGAUGUGCCGGAGAGAGGGUCUCACAGUGGUGAUGGCUUUUCCAAGGGCGCUGGCUUUGCUGGGAUAGUUGAUGCUGCUGCUAUUGCUGCUGUGAAGGACAAAGAGAGCCAACAACCCGCCGAACACGCAGAGGUGUCCGAAUCUCGCGCUUUGCCGGAAGAUGGAAUGGAGAAUGCACCUGCCGAGUCUAAGAUCCACAGCUUUGGCGAUAUCGUCGAUGCAGCUGUUGCGACGGAAGUUGCUUCGCAUGACAAGGCACCCGUCGACGAAGAAAUUGGCGAGCCGGGUACUGCCAUUGAAGAAAAUGUUCCUGUUCAAUUUGAGGCUGAAAAGCCGGUUGAGGCGUCAAGAGAGUUUGGACAAGAAGCAGCCCCCGAAGCGACGGAACAGCCUAUUGAGACUGAGGCCGCCAUGACCCCAGCUCAGAAGCGUAAGGCUAAGAAGAACAAGAAGAAGAAUAAGAGUCAGGAUCAAAGUGUUGAAACUGCUCCUGAGGAAACUGUUCCUAUUGUUAAAGAAGAUCCUUUCAAGGAGGUGGAACAAGAGCCUGCUGUUCAGAAGCCUGCUGUUCGUGAUGCUCCCGUCGAGGUUGAUACUACUCCGGUCGAGCCAGAGGCUGUUGCUUCUAGCCAGAAAGAUAUUCCUGAAGCUGCUCAACACCAAGCUGAAGGUGAGCCCGUUGAAGGCUCGCGCGAGAUUGUUGCGGAGCCUGAAAUCCCACCUGAGUCUGGAGUUCCAGCCCCUUUUGCAGAUCAAGAUGCUGCCAUUCAGCAGCCUGCCGAAGCUGAGCUCGUUGAAGCAUCGCAAGAUCCGGCUGUUGAUUCUUCCGCAGCACCUGUCGAGACUUCUGAGCCUGUCAUUGCUCCCGAGACUGAGGCUGAGACCGAGCCUGAAGUUGCUUUGACGGCUGCUCAGAAGAAAAAGGCUAAGAAGGACAAGAAGAAGAAGAAUAAGUCCAAGGAUGCUUCUGCUGAGGAGCCUGCUGAUAAUAUUGCUUCUACUGAGACGCCCAAGGAAGAGGAGGCUGUGCCUGUCGAAGAGCCAAUUUCCGCCGAUGCCAAUGAGACUGUAGCCCCUAGGGAUUCACAGCCCGAAGGCGAGGAAUUAUCUCGUAGUCUGGGGGACAUUGAGAAGCCAUUUGAAGAAGCAACCCCCGUGGCCUCUGAGGAUGUUACCGCCCCUGCUGUCAUCGAGCCAACCAAAGAAGACACAGAAGGCGAGGACAACUUCCAGGAAGCAGUUGAAGAGCAAGCGUCUCAGCCUACCGAAGAGAAGGAGCCUGAGGUUGCACAGGAGUCCACAGCAGAGCUUGCACCGGAGCCUGCCGCUGAAAUCCCAGCAGAUGAGCCCGCAGAGGCCCCCGCAGACCCUCAGGAGACCAAGGCUCAGAAAAAGAAGAAUAAGAAGAAGAACCGCAAGUCUGCCACAGAUGAAGAGAUCCCGGUCCCCACCAACGAAGAGCUAACACCUGCUCCCGAGGGGGAAAUUCAAGAGCUCAAACCUGCAGAGGAAUCUGCUCCGACCGAGCCUGCAGAUACCCAGAUCCCUGAAACUAGCGAUGAAGCCUUGCCUUCCGAUCUUGAACAGCCUGCCAAGGGCCUCGAGCUCCCUUCUGAGACCCCUACCGACGAACCUGCUACCGCACUACAGCAAGAGCAAGACGCUCGUCCAACUGAGGCUACUGUCAAUGCCACCCCUUCUCCAGUUGAAGUAGAGGGCCCCACGAAUGAGACUUCACGGGAAAUCGUCGAGCCAGUUGCCAUUGAUGCUCAGCCUGAAGUCCAGCUUGAGGCUGCCGCUGAAAUUGUUGCUCAACCUCAACCCGAAGCUGAAGCUGAAGCCGAGGCCGAGGCCGAGUCUGAGGUGGCCUUGACUGCUGCACAGAAGAAGAAGGCCAAGAAGGACAAGAAAAAGAAGAACAAGCAGAGUCAAUCUUCUGUUCCUGAUAAAGAAUUGUCGGAUGAAUCUGCGCCCACUGAGCCCUCUUCGCUGGCACCUGAGGCUGAACCUGUCGCUGAGCCUGCUGUCGAGUCUACCACUGAGCUUGCUGCCGAGCCUGCUGCCGAGUCUGCUGCCGAGCUUCCUAUUGAGGAUACUGCCAAGGAAACUUUGGAAGAGGCACCAGUCGAUUUGGCACCCCAAGAAACCGACAAGGAGGUAACCAUUGAAAUUGAGCAGCCCGUCGAGCCUGAGCAAUCUACCGAGCUCGGAAAGGUUGUUGAGCCAGAGCAGCCUCAGGAAGACGCAGUCCUCACUGCUGUUCCGGAGCCCACUGCCGAGGAGACAAGCGCUGAGACUCACAUGGACAAGUCUGUAGUACAGGAGGAACAAGCCCAAGCAGAGGAACCCCCUGCUAAACCUGAGGUCCCCAUGACUGCAGCCCAGAGAAAGAAGGCUAAGAAGGAAGCUAAGAAAAAGCAGGAGAAAGAAGCUGCCCUCGCCGCUGCUUUUGAGACUGCCAGCCCUGCCGAGCCUGCUCCCUUGCCUGUGGAGACCGAGGCCACCGAGUCAAGCAAAGACCUUAAUCCCUCCGCUCAGAAUGUGCCCGCGGUAACCGACACUGAGCCUGCUGAGGCCAAUGCCGAUGUUAUUUCUCCACCUGAGGAAGCUCCCGUCUCCGCUGAUGUGGCUCAAUCUGAGAAGCCAAAGCUUGAGAAUGAGACCUCAGCACCUGCUGAAGAAGCAACCCCCACCGCUGUUGAGACUGAAACUCAUGAGUCAGAAGCUCCAGCAGAGGCUGAGGUGCCAAUGACUACAGCCGAGAAAAAGAAGGCCAAGAAGAACAAGAAGCAGCAGAAGCAGCCUGAGUCUACCCCUGCCGAGGAAGCUGUCCCUCCAGUUGAAGAGGCAAAGGCCACCGAAGAAGUCCCCCUCUCUGAGCCAAAUGAGGCUGAGGCCGUCCCCGCGGCUGAAGCCGAAACCACACCCCAAGAGGAGCAAGCCCAGGAUAUUCCUGCUUUCGACAAGGAAGCUCCCACAGAGGCGGUCUCCGAUGAGACUGUUAUUGCUCCUGAACCCUCCGAACAGGCUACCGAUGCUCAAGAUGUGGCCCAAAAUACCGUCCCAGAGACCAUAGCUGAACAAGCCGCCCCUAUAGAAGAUGUCCAGGAGGAGCAGAAAGACAAUGUUACUUUGGAACAGCCUACAGAUGACAAGGUGCCAAUCGUCGAGGAGACUCCAGUCCUUGAAUCAACCGAGGCAGCAGCAGCAGCAGCAGCAGAGGAGGCCGCCAUGACCCCAGCUCAGAAGCGCAAGGCGAAGAAGGACAAAAAGAAGAACAAGGGACUUACCGCUAAUCCCGAGGAGGAACAGCUUACACCUGGAGAAGAGCAGUCGAAGCCUACCCCUGCCGAGGAAGAGGCUGGCGCCGCCCCUGUUGAGGAGCCCACGCCUAUUUCUGCCGAAGAGCCUAUAGAGCCCAUCACUGAGCCACCCUUCGCCGACAAAGAGGUUGAAAACCCUGUUCCUACAGAGGAAGCUAGCUUCGAAGAGGCAUCCCGAGAAUCCAUUCAACAGGAUGCUCCUGCCGAUGCAGCCGAGACUGAGGCCGCUGAGGAGGCCGCCAUGACUCCAGCCCAAAAGCGCAAGGCCAAGAAAGACAAGAAGAAGCGCCAGUCCCUUGCUGCUGAAGAGCCACCGGCUACAGCCACCGAGGAAGAGCCCAAGUCUGAUCCUACCGAAGAGGUGAUCGAGCCUACACCUCCAACAGAGUCUAAAGAACCUGCGCCAGCCCAGGAUGUUGAGCAACCUGCCACCGACAGGGAGAUUGAAGAUUCUAUUGUGGCAGAAGAAGCAAAAUCUGAAGAACCAUUACCUGAGAACACCCAAAAUGAAGCUCCUGCCGAUGAGGCCGCAAUCCAGGCUGCUGAAGAGGCUGCGAUGACACCCGCCCAAAAGCAGAAGGCCAAGAAAGACAAGAAGAAGCGCCAGUCACUUGCAGUUGAAGAGCAGCAGCCCGCACCCGUCGAGGAAGAGGUAAAGGACACGCCUAUUGAGGAAGAACCAAAGGCCGUGCCCGUUGAAGAGGUUAUCGAGCCGACUCCUGUAGAGUCUGCAGAGCCUGCACCUUCUGAGGAGCUCGAGCAGCCUGCCCCCGAGAAGGACGAUGUGGUUCCCGUUGUGACAGAAGAAGCCCCGAAGGCUGAGGAGUCGUCGCCAGAGGAGCCUGCUUCUCAAGAUACUCCUGCUGAUGCAUCAGCCGUUGAAGCAGCCGGUGAAACUGCCAUGACUCCCGCGCAGAAGCGCAAGGCCAAAAAGGACAAGAAGAAGCGUCAAUCACUCACAGCCGAAGAACAACCCGCGCCGUCUGAGCAGCCCGCAACUACUGAGGAGGAGACGCAGGCUGCACCUGUCGAAGAUGUGUCAGCUGAGCGUGCGAUAGUCCAAGACGAUGAACAGCCUGCUGUGGCUGAGGCAGUCGAAGCUCCUGUGAAUACAGAGGAAGUGACAAAAUCAGAGGAGCCCACGCCAGAGGAAAGCAACCAGCAGGAUGUUCCCGCUGAGACCGCCACACCCGAAGCUGCGGAGGAGGCCAUGACCCCUGCUCAAAAGCGCAAGGCCAAAAAAGACAAGAAGAAGAGCCGCAUGUCUGUCGCUUGGGAAAAUGAGGAACCUGCUUCUCAAGCCGACGACUCCAAGUUCGAGCAGGACUCUACUGCGCCGGAAGAAAAGAAUGAGCCGCAGGAUGCUUCCGCCGAAGCUGCUGUUACUUCUGAAGAUGCCACCAAGGAACUUCCCGUCGCCGAAGAAGUGGCCGAAGCUGCCACUGACAAGGAUACCUCAGUACCCGAGACCGGUGCCUUGGACGAGCCGGAGAAGACAGAGGAGGUCACUCCAUCCGAAGAGGUCAAAGAAAUUACUGAGCAGGAGCCCUCUACUCCCGUUCAAGCCGAGGAAGAAUCCAAGCCUAUAUCAGAGCCUCAGUCACCCAGCAGACAAGAUGACGAGGCACAGGCCGAGGCUGGUAUGACCGCAAAAGAGCGUCGUAAGGCAAAGAAGAACAAGAAGAAGGGCAAGUCUAUUGACUUGACCGAAGACGCCCCCGUUGAAACUGAGGCGGUACCCGAUACUCCUGCCGACACCACCGCUGACCCCACGCCUGCGCCGGAGGAGAAGCUUGUUGAGGCUGAUAACCCCAAGAUCGAGAAGCUCGCGCCAAUUGAGCCUGCGACCGAAGAUGUGCCAAAGGAAGAGAAGACCGACGAACCUCCCGCCACCGAAACCGCAGCCGAGCCAGCAGAAGAAGCCGCCAUGACUCCCGCCCAGAAGCGCAAGGCAAAGAAGGCCAAGAAACGCCAGUCUAAGAAUGCUGAUGCCGACAACGACGCCUCUUCCGCCCCUGGCACCCCCGCUGAACCUGCCGACAGCGUUGAAAAAGUCCUCGCAUCAAUGGAAACCCCAGGGCUCUCAGCCGUAACGGCAACCUCGCCUGCGGAACAUGACGGUAAAGAAAAUCAGUCCCACGACAUAGAAACUGCCGCGGCGCAAGAUUUGGCCUCGACUGAUGAAUUCAUGUCUUCGCAGGUAGAGCAGCCUCAGAUAGAGAGUCCUUUUUUAGGUUAUCCUCCCCAGCCCGUGCUUGAGCGUUCAGUUAAUUCCGGCGAGUUGGAGGAGGUACUUGCUCCGGAACAGGGUGACGAUACCCCUGCUAUUCAGGAGCCUGAACUGUUGACGAAGGAGGGAGACCUUGAAGUUGGAGGUCAGAAGGAAGAUGGCGAGAAGCCACAGGAGGAGUUGAUUGAGCCUGCACCUAGUGCAGAGGAGAUGACGUCUGUGCCGGAAGCAGGCGAUCUCUCUGGAGAGAAGACCAUUGAAGAGACGUCUGUGGAUGUGACAGAGAAAGUUGGCCUGGAGGCACAGACGGAGGAAGCCCCUGUGGAGGAGAAGACUUUGGAGACAGCUUUGUCGAAGAAGCAGAAAAAGCAAAACAAGAAAAACAAGACAAAGCAGGCGGAGAAUGUUGUUGAGGAGAAAGGUCCAGCACCGGAGCCUGAAAGCGCUGUCGCAGAGGAAAAGGAACAGCAUGAAGCUGUGAGUUUGCCCGAGGUUGAAUCAGUACCGGAGCCAGAGAAGACAAUCACCGAGCCUGAGCCCGCUGCGGAGAUUGAAACAGUGCCAGCCUUGGAGGACCAAGCUUUUGAUCAACCAAAGGAGAUCGAAGAGCCUUCCGCAGUCCAAACCAUCGAAGCUGCCGAAGCCACCCUUGAGCCCACUGUUCCAGAGGCUGAACCCGUUGCCCCUGCUAGUGAAGAACCAGAGUCAGCAUCUGCCACCAAGCUGAGCAAGAAGGACAAGAAGAAGCAACGCCAAUUACUCCUUGCUCAGCAAGCUGGAUCUGAACAGCAGCCCGAAGAGGAGCCAGCUCCCGAGGCUACCGAAGCUGCUGUUCCGGAAGCUGAGAUUCCAAUUGAUGCUGCAGCUCUCGAUGAGAAGCCAGGGGAUGAGCCCGUUGCUCGCGCAGAGAAAGCUACUGCCCAGCCUGCUGAUGUCACCGAGGAGGCCGUUAAAGAUGUUGAAAAGCCUGCCCAGGAGGCUGAGAAGCCACUUCUAACACAAGAGCCCGAAAGCGGAGAGCGCUCAAUCGAACUUCCGUCAGACGAUGUGAAGAUGGAGGAGAUUGUGGAAGAGCCUGCCACUGAGACUGCAACGGAGAACUUUGAUGCCGAGCAGCUCACCGAGCAAGCUCCGGCUGAGCCCGCCGUUGAGGCGCCGACUAGCUCCAAGAAACUCAGCAAGAAGGAGAAGAAGAAGGCGGCGGCUGCUGCUGCUGCUGCCGCCGCUCUGGUCGAGGAAGAGAAUAGCGCCAAGGAACUGCCUGCGGCUGAAGAGCCAUCGACUUCUGUGCCGCAUGCUUCACAGGAGCCCGCUGAACAGCCAACUGUUGAUGAACCUCGACCUACAGAGGCCAAGGAUGAACCUCAGUUCGAGACAGAGAGGAGCCUCGACGAGACAAAAGAGCUGGCAGCUCCCAAGCCAAAGGAGAAUAAAGCCGCUGAACAGCAGGCUGUCGAGGAUACUCAGCCCACGGAAUCUCUCGAGCCGGAGGUGGCACCCGAGCAGCCUGCAAAAGAGCUCGUCGAGGAGUCCAUUGCGCCUGAGCCUAUUUCUCGCAAAAUGUCAAAGAAAGAGAGGAAAAAGGCCAAGAAGCAAGAACAGCAAGAAAUACUUGAGCCCACUUCUCCUGCCGAGGAAUCUGUUGCCGCCCCAGAGCCCGAAACGACAGAGGUCCCCCCCAAGAAAGAGACCUCUCAGGAGUCUCCGCUCCAGCCCCAUCCCGAGAGCAUCCCGUUGGCAGACAAGGAACCCCUGGGAAGCGAGAAAAACUACGACCUUGUCUCACAGGAUCAAUCCAAUGAUUUCGAGCCUGCAGAAGCUGUGGCCCAGGAGCAAACGGCCUUUGAAGAGUCCACUGCAACGGAGGACUCAAUUCAAAAGAAUGUCGAGAAGCACGCUGAAGCUGCAGAGCCUUCCAUGCAAGAAAUCGAUAAAGCAGCUGAUCCUGGAGACCAGCCCGUGGAGUCUGAAGUGACACCGGCUCUGUCCAAGAAGGAGUCAAAGAAGGACAAGCGCAAGGCCAAGAAGAAGGGCGUCACCGAAGAUGUCUCCGAGGAGCUUCAGGCUGACGUUGCUGAAGACCCCAAAGAAAUUGACAGCCAGCCAACAAAAUCUGCUUUUGAGCUCGAGGCUCCACGCGAACUUGAGACUGCCGCAGACCCUACUCCAGUUGUAGAGAGGGAGUUGCCCAUUGAUGCUCCAUCUGCAGCUGAAGAACAACCCGCGCCUACUGAGCCAGAGCAUGUCACCAAGGAUGAAACUUCUCUUUCGCGCAAGGCUUCAAAGAAGAAGUCGAAGAAGGCUAAAAAAGCCAGCCAAGGGCUGGAUCUCGAGCCACAGGCUGAGGUCCAGAACGAGACCGAACAAGCCGUCAUCGCACCGUUUGAAGAAGACGCCCCCAAGCCUCAAGACACCGAGAUUGCGGAUGCCCCUGUUGAUAAGGCAAAUCAGGAAGACGAAAACUGGCCAGCUAUUGACUGGGAACAUGCAAAGGGUGAACAUGGGCAACAAUUUCAGGACACAGCUCCGGAGCCUGAGUCUGAUCCUGUGAUUCCAUCAACCGAAACUAUUGGGGAAUUUGAGGAUUCUACAAUCCCAAAAGAUCUACAAGAGCCUACAGAUGCUGCCGAAGACGACUCUUGGGCUGCGCCGCUGAGCAAAAAAGACAAGAAGACCAAGAAAAACAAGAAGCAAUCGCAGCAAGCAGAUGAACCGGAAGCUUUGCCUGAGAUCUCCUACGACAAGAGUAUCGAGCAAACUACCGCGGAAAGUCUACAAGAAACUGCAGAGACUACUGGAGAGAUCGAGCCACCCGCUCGGACAACCACGCCUGGGGGAUCCAAGAUCGCCAACCUGUUUCCCAGAUUGGAGCGUGGUGGAUUCAAACGACCAAAAACACCAUCGCUAAAAGAUAGUGCUGAGGAAGAGACGGAAGCGGGAGCCAGUCGCGACAUUGCUCUCCCUGUCUUGGAGGCACCCAGGCCAGCACCUGAAGCCACAGAGUUUGCCAAAGAUACCAGUGGCGAGCUGCCCAGUAGUCUCCAGCACCAAAUCGAGUCUGCAAUUUCGCACUGGACCCCAGACGAGGUUCCUUCUGCUGAGAACGAGCAAUCAAAGGAGCUAGACUUCCCGGCACAAAGCGAGAAGACCUUGGAUGCACCAUUCUCGCACCCAGAGCCCACCAAGGAGCCCCCUUCUCCUACAAAGAGCCUCGUAUCGCAGGUGGCAGCUGGAGAAGACCUGUCUGGACUGCGCCGCUCACCGUCAAUCCACGGCCGACACGAAAAGACACCUCGAACGUGGAGCUUGGAUGAGCCCUCUGUGCCAGCUCUCGCCCCAUCCCCGCCCCGAUCGCUAUUCGGUCCCGACGAGAGCUAUACCCGCCCCCGUACUCCGCUUGAUACGAUCGCGGAACAAGAACCACGGGAUGGCCAUGGAUCAACCAAGGGUCGCCGCGGGACGCCCCGUCUGGAGAUCAAACCCGAACAUGUUCUCCCAAGACCUCAAACUCCUGUUCGCAAGUUUACAGAUACUGCCUUUGAUCGAGAGCAAUGGCCUACGCCUGAAAACGAGAGUCGAAAGGGCUCCCGUGAAGAUCUGAAACGCGAAAUUACAAAAACGCCCGAGCAGGUCUUAAAGCCCAGUACCAGCAGCGGUAAGCUGCGUCGGACAAAUCGCAGCGCUAGCGGCGAUCUGCGGGCGGCUAGUCUUGCAGGUUCCCAGCCUUCGGACCUUGAUCAGCUUCCCUCUUCUUCCUCUUACGACCCCGUCACCGACAAGGGCAAACGUCCGGUGCGAAAUAUGUCGGAUGUCUAUGAGGGAUGGGGUGAAACGCCCAGCUCCCCACGGUCGCCCAGCCGACCGCCUAGUGUCCGUCGUCGCCGCAGCAUGCAACACUUGCAAGAUAUCGAAACACGUCUCGACCAACUCAUUUCUGAAAAUCGCCUACUCAUCGCUGCCCGUGAUGAAGCCGAAUACAACUUAAAACACUCUAGCGUCGCUCGUCGGAAGAGCGACCGGGCUCUCAAUACCCGCGAUGGCGACUUGCGCGACAAAGAAGCCGAAGUGGAACAAUUGAAGAGCUCGGUGGAGUGGCUGCAGAAGGAGACAACCCGUCUGACCCAGGAGAACGAAGGGUUGACAGCGUCCAAUGCUGCGCUCGCCGCCGCCCACGCUGCCGAAGUGAACACUGUCCGCGAAUCCUCCACGCGCGAACUCGACGACCUACGGUCGCAACACACUCAGCUUUCAUCCCAGGUGGAUGAUCGAGUCCGACAAGAGAUCGAAUCAGCUCUUGCACAAAAAGACAUUGAGUUGCGUCGUCUUCGCACCGAACUUGAAGAGACCCGCGACAAGGUCAAGGAGCUACAACAACAAAUUUCAGCGUCAGUUCAUGACAAUGCUCUCGUAUUCCGAGACGAAGAAUACUUUGACGCUGCCUGCCAAAAGCUCUGUGGCCAUGUCCAAUCUUGGGUGCUGCGAUUCUCUAAACACAACGACAAGCGUCGCUGCCGCUCACUCAGUGAGUUGCGCGACGAGAAGAUCGCAGACCGAUUCGACAAUGCCCUCCUCGACGGCUCCGAUCCUGAUGCCUACCUUUCCGACCGUGUUCGUCGCCGCGAUGUCUUUAUGUCGGUGAUCAUGACCAUGGUCUGGGAGUAUGUCUUCACUCGCUACCUGUUUGGUAUGGAUCGUGAGCAACGUCAGAAGCUCAAGUCCCUUGAGAAACAACUGGGUGAAGUUGGCCCCAGCCGCGCUGUCCACCGCUGGAGAGCCACCACCCUCACCCUCCUCUCCCGGAGACCAGCCUUUGCCGCUCAGCGCGAGAGCGACACAGAGGCUGUCACCCUGGAGAUCUUCAAAACCUUGUCCAAGGUCCUCCCUCCCCCCUCCCACGUUGAGUCACAGCUCCUGGACAGCCUUCGCAAGAUCAUGCGAGUAGCUGUCAAUCUGUCCCUGGAGAUGCGCACUCAGCUGGCUGAGUUCAUUAUGCUCCCGCCCUUGCAGCCUGAGUACGAUACCAAUGGCGACCUUGCCCGGCAGGUGUAUUUCAAUGCGGCAUUGAUGAAUGAGCGCAGUGGUCUCACUAACGACAAUGGCGAGCUGGAAGCCCAGCAGUCUGUCGUCCGCAUUGUGCUCUUCCCUCUCGUCGUCAAAAAGGGCAAUGAUGUGGGCGAGGGUGAUGACGAAGUUGUCGUCUGCCCUGCUCAGGUCCUCAUUGCCCGUCCUGGCAAAGACAAGAGAGUCUCAAGGAUGAUGAGUGGUGAUCGUAUGUCCAUAGAUGCCACGAAGUCGGUCCACAGCAUGGCACCUUCAUCUAUGAUGGACAUGAGUAAUAUGAUCUGA